AUGGUGAAUUUUGGUCUGUUGCUUGAGAUCGCUCCGUGGAAUAUGAGCGCGACGGCUUGGGCUUCAUGGCUUGACCGGCUGGAAAACGCACGCGGUCAAGAAAAAAUCUUGUCCAGCAAAAUCCGCACAGAUAACUCGAGUACCAUCGGCACUAGUGUCUUUGCACUACAGCAGAGUGUAUCGCGGCUGAAGCGCGACUUUGAUCAGCUUAAGAGAUCAUCCAGUAUAGUAACAAAAGAAGAGAUUGACCGUCGGGAACUACUGCUCAAACAGUUAGUGCAGGAUCAACAAGAGAAUCUGGACAUGUAUGACAGUCGGAAGAUUUCAAAAGAGGCAGUAACUCCUGGUACGGCGGAUGCGCCAUCACGAUUGCUGAAGAUGCAGAACCAGAUCAUGAAGGACCAAGACCAGCAGCUGGACUUGAUUAGUUAUGGCGUGUCCAACUUACGAAAUUACAGCCUGUCUGUUAAGGAUGAGACGGAGCUGCACGUGCGGCUGUUGAACGACAUUGAUAACGACGUGGCUCGUGUGACGGACGGACUCGAGUCUGAGGGUGCGCGUGCAGCACGGGUGGCAAAACAAAGCAAUAACACCAGGCUUUACUUGAUUAUCCUCGUUCUCACUUUGAUUCUCAUAUUCCUUCUUCUAACCGGCGGAUAG